AAUGGCUAUUGCUGCAGAUGAAUUUAAAAUAAUUUUGCUUGAAUAUGGAAAUUGGCCUGAAAAUAUUCGUUUUAUAGACGACCAACUUAAAGAAAAAAAGGAGGGAAAUGAAACAGCUUUUUACCAUUCAUCGGAAAAAUUGGUGGAACUUUCAACUUUGUAA